GGCAAACGUAAGUUCUUGUUCACACUCUUCAAAAAUUUUGGAAACCAAAGAGGGCAUACAAUGGCGUAAUUUCCACUACGGACAUGCAAAACUUGAAAGCACGACCAGAUCUUCGAUAUUUUUGGCUGCUUUCGGAAUGGAAAUCAUGACGUCCUUCCAAUUCACUCAGCCUUCUCACGCGCCAUCCUGGAUAACAUCGCUUCUCUCGGUGAACACCGUCGUUUUGAUCGCAAUGAACUCGUUCGCCUUUGUCAUCGGCACCUGUUUGCUGCCCCACUUGAAGGCCGUCAAUGAAGAGUACGUCGCGCCUCAAGAGGGCCAAACAAAAAUGAACGCCGUGCCCUCGUUUUCACCACACGAGCAGUUGUCCGGGUUCAUCAGGACAAGCCAAAGAAUUUCCCACGUCUUCGGCCUGUUCGUUUUCCUCCUCGAAGUGCCACUGGUGAUUUGGGUCAAAUUAUGGGACCUUUCGCAAAACGCGUGCAUCGCCAGCACGGCGGUCAUGGUGCCCUUCAUGGUCAUUUUUGCCACUUUUGUAUGGUUUUUCAACUUCGGUUAUAAAACGCAAAUGUACAAAAACAGGCAAACUGUGAUCGACGAAGUUGAAAACCAGUACAAGAGCAGGUCGCGGGAAUCUUUGGAAAUGACUGAUAUUUUUUGCGAAGAGCAUCAUUUUCCUGAAAUUAACGUGUCUCAAAGGCACAGCCUGGAUGCCAAUUUCAGGCCUGGCAGCAACCCACACCAUUUGAGAGAACAUAGUUUUCACAGACACAGCAUGUCUCAUUUAUGUGAAACUGCAGAGGUUAUUGAAUAAUAAAGUUUAA